UGCAACUCUCACUUCAUUAAUAACAAGUCUUCCACUGACUUCGCUUACAAAGUCUUCUUCAAUUCCUGGCAACACAGACUACUCUUUGCUUGCUUUAAUGCUGUAAAAGUAAUUGGUGGCUUGGACUGGAACUUCAUCAGUACACAGAGUAAACAUGGCUAACUUGGAAAUAGAAGAGGAGCCAAUGCUAUCAUCAAAUGCACAAUCAUCCCAUGAACUCAAGUAUUCUAGUUUCCGGAGGAUCCUAUCAAGGAGACGAAGCGCAUCCAUGUACAUUCCCAUGGUGUCUAUGGAGCCAUAUUACAACAGAGAACCAAGUCUUGGAGAGCAUAGUCGUCGUCAACUUAACAGCGUUAGAACCUUCCCGCCCAAGAUUGAUGAACUAUAUGCCACCCUUGGAACCCAAAAUAUUUUCAAACAGAGUGGAGUUACUGUGACUGAAAACAGUGAAAACAACUGGGACGACAACUAUGAUUGGGAACACACACCACCCGCAGUGAGCGUUGGGCAACAGGGAUUGAUUUGUAAUAAUUAUUUUUGUAUUAGGGUCGGUACUCAUGAUAAUGCUCACCAAGGAAUUCCAAGAACUCCCAGUAGAUUUGAUCAAGAGUACCACGAUGACAUUCAUGGUGAUGAAGAGGGUUUUGUCAAAAAAGUGUUAUCAUUCAUCUCUUCAUGUAUUCCUAAAGUUAUAAGCCCACACUCAAAACGCGUCAAGCAAUGGAACAAGAUUAUAGCUAUCUUUUGCUUGGUGGCAAUAUUUCUCAAUCCAUUAUUUUUCUUCAUACCGUAUGUACAAAAGGAUUUCAAUUGCAUUGUUAUCAACUGGACAAGGACAAUACCACUUGUUGUACUUAGAAGCUUGAAUGAUUUAGUGUAUUUCUUGAAUAUACUUCUUCAGUUUAGGUUGGCUUAUGUUUCUGCUAGUACUGGAUCAAGGGUGAUUGAUAUAGUUGACCAUCCAAAAGAGAUUGCUAUGCAUUAUUUGCAUAGCUAUUUUCUUCUUGAUUUAUUUGUAGUGAUUCCUUUGCCUCAGAUAAUAAUAUUGUUUGUGCUACCAAAGUACUUGGGUUCAUCAGGAGCAAAUCAUUCAAAGAAUCUUAUAUCUGCAGUGAUCCUUGUGCAAUACAUUAUGCUCUCUGGCCAUAUUGUUGGCUCUUGUUGGUAUCUCUUUGGACUUCAGAGAGUUAAUCAAUGUUUGCUAGACGCUUGCCAUAAUGCUAAGAUCAUUGGUUGCAUGAAAUAUGUGGAUUGUGGAAAAGGACAUUCCUCUCACCAGACACAAGAUUUGUGGACAAACAACGUAAAUGCCACAUCUUGUUUGAAUUCGUUGUCUGGGGCUUUUGAUUAUGGGAUCUAUGCCGAUGUUGUUCGACUUACUACAGGAAGCAACUUGAUCAAAAAAUAUUUGUAUGCACUUUUUUGGGGCUUCCAGCAAAUCAGUACUCUUGCUGGUAAUCUAACCCCAAGUGAUUUUGAGUUGGAAGUCCUUUUCACAAUGAUAAUCAUAGGAUUGGGGCUCUUGCUUUUUGCGCUUCUCAUUGGAAACAUACAAAACUUUCUCCAAAGUCUCGGACAAAGAACACUAGAAAUGCAACUUAGAAGCCGUGAAGUUGAGCAAUGGAUGAACCAGUUUCACUUAUCAGAAGAUCUAAGAAAGAGGAUCAGACAUGCCGAAAGGUAUAAUUGGGUGGCAACAAUAGGGAUGAAUGCACAAAUGCUUAUGGAAAAUAUGCCAGAAGAUCUACAGAGAGACAUAAGACGUCAUCUCUUCGAAUUUAUUAAGAAAAUUCGAAUUUUCAGCUUAAUGGAUGAGCCUAUUUUAGACGCCAUUUGUGAGAGGCUUAGGCAAAAAGUAUACUUCAAAGGAAGUACUAUUUUGCAUCCUGGUGAUUUGGUAGAGAAAAUGUUCUUUGUUUUGCGUGGGGAAUUAAAGAGCAUUGGCGAAGAUGGAACUAGAGUUUUUUUAACCGAAAGGGAUGCUUGUGGUGAAGAACUUCUAAUAUGGUGUCUUGAAAAUUCUUCAGUUAGCACAGAUGGUAAAAAGGCAUGGCUUCCUGGACCAAGAUUACUUAGCAGAAGGACAGUAACGUGUUUAACGAAUGUGGAGGUAUAUUCAAUUGGAGCUGCUGACCUAGAAGCAAUUACAAUCCGUUUCACAAGAUUCUUGCGAAAUCCACCUGUUCAAAGAGCAUUGAGAUUUGAAUCACCUUAUUUGAGAUCCGUUGCAGCAACACGGAUUCAAGUUGCAUGGAGAAAAUACAGGGAAAGACAACUAAAACGUGCUCUCUCACAAGCAAAUUAUUAUUAGAGAUUAGGGUAUAAAUAUUACAAAGAGGGUUGAACUCAUCAUGAUCACAUCCAAUUUCCAAGUUAAGUAGUGGAAACUAGCUAGGAAGAAUAUUCAAUUUUUGUUGCUUUGCUCAAUUCUAUCUUUCUAAUUGUUCAAUAUUAUAAUAUUGAAUCCAAGAUAAAUUUUAUUUCAAUCCCGUUAUGUUACCAAUAACAUUUCAACUAACUUUGACCAACUCUU